UUCCAUUCCUGAAGGGCAGAGUUGUAAUGUCACCAAAGACAACUGCCGUAAAAUGUCCAGCAGGGAGCGUAGUGUCGUGCUUUUCCUCAGUGGAGUCGAGAAACGACAUGGCGGCGUGCAGUGUUUUCAGACCGGGCUUGUUCAACCACAAAGUGGCAAUAGUGACGGGCGGCGGGACCGGUAUCGGGAAAGCCAUUUCUGCAGAGCUGCUGGAGCUCGGUUGCAAUGUGGUGAUCUCCAGUAGAAAGGCAGAGCGGCUGGAGGCGGCAGCUCAGGAGAUGAGACAAAAAAUCCCUCCCUCCAGCCCGGCGUGUGUCACUCCUAUACCAUGUAACAUCCGAAAUGAGGAUGAGGUGAAGGAUCUUGUGUCGUCAGUGCUGAAGCGGUACGGCAGGAUAGACUUCCUGGUGAACAACGGAGGAGGUCAGUUCAGCAGCCCAGCAGAACACAUGUCGUCCAAAGGCUGGAAAGCCGUGGUAGACACCAACCUCACGGGAACUUUCUACUGCUGCCAGCAGGUCUACACUGCGUGGAUGAAACAGCACGGAGGGGUGAUCGUCAACAUCAUCGCUGACAUGUGGAAAGGCUUUCCAGGCAUGGCCCACACAGGGGCAGCGAGGGCGGCAGUGGACAACUUAACAAAGAGUCUGGCCAUCGAGUGGGCGUCCUCGGGAGUCAGAGUCAACGCUGUCGCACCUGGCACAAUCUUUUCCAAAACUGCAAUGGAGAACUACAAGGACUUUGGACCAAAGCUUUUCAAGAUGUCUGUUCCAUUUAGCCCUGCAAAGAGGCUGGGGGUACCAGAGGAGAUCUCCUCAGCAGUGUGUUUCCUGCUCUCUCCUGCGGCCUCCUACGUCUCUGGAGCCACCCUGAGGGUUGAUGCAGGGCAGAGUCUGUACCACUCCAUCUGGGAGAUACCCAACCAUAGUGCGUGGCCUGACGCUCCAGAGGGGGAGAACCUGGACGCUUUGAAGGAAUUGCUCAACCCACAAAGCAAGCUCUGAUUCUCUUCUGUAGCUUAGUCAGAGUCCAGUGCAUAAACACACAACAAGUAAUGUGAAGGAAACAAGACACCAUCGUGAUUUAUUAUUGCAAAUCAUGUACAUAGUUGUAUGUAAUGUAUUGCAACACAAGACUCUAAUUGGUUACUUGUAUAAUGAGUUGUGACAUAAACUGUUGAAAUUUAUGUAGAAUAUUUUUUUCCAAAGCCUUUUGUAAGUCGGUAAGUGCUUUUUAACACAAGUGCUACAAAGUUCUUUACACAUGGGGACACAAGACAGAAACAAAGGAAAAAGAUUUUUUUAAACCUUUGCACUGAUUUAUUUAUGUUUGUCUUUGAUCUACUCUUAUAAUAUACAGUAAUUGUUACUUUAAUAUCUCAACGUAACAUGCUUCCUUUGUUUUCUAAUAUUUAGGGGGAAAAUAAUUGAAUUUGAAUUUGAUAGAAUCUAGUGAUACCUUUUUAUAAAUAUAGUACGGAUUAAUAAGAAUUGUAUAUUAGAAAUAUUUUAUUUUAUUUUAUUUUGAAUGAAGAAACAGCUACGGGCUUACAAUUUACACAUAUGAAUAAACUGAUAUUACAACAAUUAAUAAACGUGUAGUUGCACUCUUAUUUUGGUUUGCACUAAAGGAUAAAGUCAAAACAGCCUUUCAAAAAGACUCUUUGCAUCCUGGGGAGGAGAGGAAGGUUUGAAAGUGUCUGUUUCUCU